GGUUAUAAGGUCCCAAAAACCCAAAGCGACCCUAAGCCGUUCAAAGAGUUCUAAGAAGAAAGAGACACGAGAUGAUCACGGUUUUCCUUUAAUCAUUGGGGACGAGUACGUGGGAAUCAUCGAACGGUUUAAGUCUGACAUUCCGCCAGUGUUCCAUCCGUACGUCUCGUGCAUACGAGAUGUGAUGCCGGACGGUCAUUGUGGGUUUCGGUCUGUGGCUGUGGGCUUAGGGAUGGAUUAGAGUUCAUGGGGGCUUAUUAGGAGGGACCUUGUCCAAGAAAUGGAUCAGAACGAAUCGAUCUGGUUCCCAAUAUUUGAAGCAUGGGCUGAUGGUUAUUUUCACACGCAUCGUCAGGGCCUAAUUUGGGAUUCAGUGGCCGGUUGUGGGGAGAAUCACUGGAUGGACUUCCCCUUUGCAGGACUUCUUAUUGCACAAACGUACGGUAUCGGGGUGCACCUGUUAACGACAACCAUGGGUGCGAGUUCCACUUACUUCCCAAUACUAAGUCCUCCGGCUAAUCAACAACCAUUAUUCAUAACGCUUACACAUGUUAACGAGAACCACUUCAUACAUGUUAAGCUGGAAGGGGAUUAUCCUAUGCCACCAGCACACGGGCUAUGGUUGACCCACCGAAGACCCCAUACAGAACAAUGGGAAGAUAUGUACUUGCCACGUCUAGAAUGGUAUACAUCGAUAAUGAAUCCUCGGCCAAGAUCAAACCCCAGUCUUAAUUACAUAGAUAGUUACACGGAAGAAUGAUUUUUGUAAUUAAUAG